GGGUGGGCCUUUCCCAGUUCUCAGUGGAUUUUGACAUUCUUUGAUUUUGACAAACUUGUUCGUGUAUAAAAUAAGUUUUCUGCGUAUAUUAGUUUUGCUUUGGGUUAACUAGGAGAUAUCUCCUUUAAACUCCGUCAUACUUUAUUUUGUUGUAAUAAGGUGGUAAGGAUGUCGCUGUACCCUUCUCUGGAGGACAUGAAGGUGGACACCAUGGUGCGGGCCCAGAUGGCCCAGCAUCAGGGUCCGCCACCCUACACUCACAACCACCUGCCAGUGGCAGCUGCCCCAUCCGCCCCUGCCCCAACUGGCCAAUUCUACCCCUCCUUGGGAGAAUACAUGGGUUUAGAGUUCUCCGAAAGUGUCAUUGCCGCGAAUAUGCCAGAAUAUCGAGUCCAAAACGUUCAAUCUGGAGGUACAGUAAGCAACCUGAUAGCUCCCCUAUCCUCUCAAUCAGUGUCCCUACCGAAAGCUACUGUAACUAAUGCCAUAAGGCAAGUGGUUCUUUGCAAAGAUGCAGAUGGCAAGUGUGGGGUCCGUCUGCAUUCCGUCAACAGUGGUGUAUUUGUGUGCUAUGUCGCUGCUGGGAGCCCUGCAGCUCUGGCCGGGCUCAGGUUUGGAGACCAAGUACUGGAAAUAAAUGAUGUAGCACUUGCUGGCCUGACUAUGGAGAAGUGCCAUGAGUUGUUGCGAAAGGCGCCUGUUAAUGGAAUCACAAUGGCAGUGAGGGACAGGCCUUUUGAGAGGACUAUUACUCUGCACAAAGACUCCAUUGGACAUGUGGGCUUCCACUUCAAAGAUGGGAAAGUUGUUGGUCUAGUAAAGGAUUCAUCUGCGGCUCGUAACGGAAUGCUGACCGAUCAUCAGCUAAUGGAAGUGAACACAGUCAAUGUUGUUGGAAUGAAAGAUAAAGAAAUAUCAAAAGUAAUUGAUAACAGCCCGUCUGUUGUAAACAUUACAAUUAUUCCACACUAUAUUUACAAGCACAUGAUAAGCAAGAUGUCUUCGUCACUGUUCAAGGAGUUUGAUCGUACACCAGCUGUCUAAGUAAAGUUAUUUCUUUUACACAAAUUAUCUUAUAUUUAAGGCUCAACUAUACAUGCAUUUCUUUAGUCACGAAUUUAUUAAGAGGUAUCACAUUUAUCGUAAUUGCCACAGUUCUUUUUAGAAAGUCAGAACUCAUCUCUUUCAUUGUUUAAGCUUAGUUUAAUUUUAAACCUACUUAUUGCAUACUAUAUAUAUUCAUUGUGUUUUUCUAACUUAAAAAGUAACACUUUGCCAGUUAUCAAUUAGGAUGACUGAUAUUUGUCUACAAUCAAAGUGGUACAUUUUCUGCCUCAGAAAACGGAACUAUUUAUGCUAUUUUAGUCUUUAGGGGCUGUGAAUCGAGAUUGUCUCAAGGCGAGUCGCUAGUGGCAGGAAGGCCUAACAAUCAGCCAUUGUUUAAAGUCCUUAUCUAACGGAAUUACCGCUGUCCGGGUACACGGUGCUAAUUAGAAUGCCCUAGUUUUGCUUAUUUAGUACGUAAAGAAUUUGUGAGUCAUAACCAUAACUGACCAGAGUUUGCGAUCCGUUGUGAAAAAUACGGCAUGAGUCACGGCAUGAACUUAAUGAUAAACUAUGUCACUUAGUGAAAGGCUACUUAGUUUCCACGUGAUAUCAUUAAAGGAAGGAAAUGAAGGUGUUUGGAUUGGACGUAAGAACAAUGCCUGUUUCUUUUAUUUAUAAAGACUUAGUUUUAUAAAACAAGUAAAUAUCGUUAGGGCAAACUAAAUCUCGAGUGGUAGAUGGCUGAGUAUGAAUCAGGGCAGCCCUGGUAAAGCUGAGUUUUUUUUUCUGUAGACGUUGUGACAUAGUUUUUCUUGUUAAAUCAGGUAAUACAGCGAAUAUAAAUGAUGCUAGAUGUCGCUAUAGCCUCUCUAAGGCUCAUAUAUGGUGGAAAUAUUGGCUGUAUUGGUAGCUCAGAUGGCAGAGCACUGUACUAGUGAUCCAGUGGUUGUUUUCCACUUUUAAUUUAUUUCUAAGCUUAAUAGCAUCGUUCACAGACGUUUCUGCUUGAUACAACAUUAAUUUGGAGACAGUAAUGAUAAUGCGAUUUAGUGUUAAAAAAGCAAUGUCAACAAUAUUGAACAGGUAUUUGUUUUCUUAUCUUUCUUAUAUUUAGCAAUCUAAUUAUAUUAGGCAUAAGUACUGCACAAGUAUAUGCCUCUACCUAUGCACUUCUCAUUUAAAGACUGGGCUGUUUACUUUAUAAUUUUCAUCCCAUAGUGUGCUAUAGUAAAGUUGUUCUUUCGAUUUUCUGCCAAAUGCGAUUGCUUGGUUUUCAAUCGAGCAGUUUAUUCAACUAUUUAUAGACUGUUACUUUCUUUAUUUGUAGUUAUACGAUAUUUUAUAACCUUUACACACUUUAGAUGUACAGUCAACCAAUUAGAAUCCUAGGCCACUAUAGAACUUGACACGCAUCACUCAAUAAGCACUGUCGUAGAAGUCAUUAUGGCAUGGUUCUAUAGUGGCCUAGGAAUCAAAUUGGUUGACUGACCUAUGCAUAUGCAUGUGUUAUAUUAUUAUAGAAAAAUUAGAGUUGAUGUUUACAUUUAAUACCUUGUUUAUUUUAUUACAGUAAUAAUAUUUUUAAAAGUGCCAUUAUGAUUGUCAAUAUUGAUUAUAAUUUAAACAUUUUGAUAAUAGAGUAUCUAAUCCUAUUUGAUUGUGUGUCUUAAUGAAAAUUAUAGAUUGAUUAAUAUAAUAAAUUUGGUUUUCAAUUGCAUUAGAGAAUAUGUAGAAGAAUAAUUGGUCUUGAUUUAUAUGUAGAAUUUAAUAUUAUUUACGUUAUUUGUAGAUAAAAUAUUAUAUUUCAAAAUAAGAUAGAUGAUAAUACGACUGAAUGUUGGUUUUCGUAAUUUUAAUAGUCAUAUAACAAAACCAAAGACUUAUUGAUU